ACGUGCGACUUAAGUGGUGGUUCAAAGUUCGGACUUUAUCGACAUUGGUUGACCGGUUGGAUACUCGGCUUGCGAACUUUGCUUCUUAAAAGCUCAGAGGAAACCAACCAAAACGUGUGGUAUUAAGUUUUUUUUUCAUUGUGUUUGAAGGACAAGGCGGUUGCAUACGAAAGAAAAGGAUCAACGGACAGCGCCGACCGAUCAGGGUUGCAACUUCGGAUCUGGCGCCAAUUUAUAUUAGACGUGCAUUGGGAAUACUAUUGGCAGUGAAAGAUGCACCUGCUCAAACAAGAUUGGAAAAUUCACUCGUCGAGCUUCGCGAAGUGGUUGUGCGACGUACCCGAAUAGAAUCUGGUUGGCACCAGUUUAUCAGGAUGCAAUUGCAAUCCGGAGCUGCAAUGCGGUUGUGUGUGAGGCGAACUGAACGCAGGAUGAAAGCAGGAAAAUCCAAUCCGCGAUGAAGUGAUGAGAAACCGCAAGUUUACAGCGUUGUGAAGUGUUAUGUGGGGAUUGGUGAAAAAAGAAGAAAAAAAAAUCUCCCGAUAAUGGAGUUGUCGACUUGAAAUCAAUCGGUAAAACCAGUGAAAGGAAAAUGAAACAUUUCAUACGCUGUGAGCAAUAGUUUGACAAGUGAUUGAAAAUACUGUUACAAAGAAUGAAAUUUCAAGUGCAAUGUUUUAAAACGAAUUCAGAAGGAAACACGCAAAAUUUCCAAAAAAAAAAGUGAGACCAAAUAAUAAAAGUGAGAUUACAGUCGAUGCAACUAGUUGAGUCCUACCUAUGCUUGUUUCGUGUGCAGAAGUGUUAUGAAAGUGAUUAAAAAACACUGUGUAAAGUUUGCGUGACAAUUACGCUUGUUCAGUUGUGAGUAAACCGAGACCGAGAAUAUCCAACGACGCAGUGGAGAAACCCGUGCCUGCGCCUGCACUUCAACAGAGUAGUAUUAAUUUGAAAUGUAAAACAUUUGUUCGUAAAUGCAACUAUCGGUUCAUUACCACAAUCGGUGUAAUUUAUUUGAUUCAGCCGAUGACAUUAAGGUCGAUUAAACAUGAUAACGAAUAGGGCACGAUUCGAGCAAACCGGGCGCUCGCUGCCGGCUGCUGACGAGUAGCGUGCCUGGUUGUUCACCCCACCAUGGACGAGAACCCACUGUGGUCGGCUGACUGGUGCUUAGGAAAUUACUGGCCAACGCUUCGAUAUUUGGUGUCGUGCACCAACUACAACAACACCUGGACAUCGUACUGGGGACCGGACAUCAUUUGCGAGUACAGCAGUACUCUUUCCGGUUCCUUUUCGGUGUCGACAAAGCCGAACUCGCACCCGGCGGCGGUAGGCGGCGUGUUGUCCGCAACGGCCAACCGCAAUCCGCUUCGAAGUGGCACAAUCCACGGAGUACCCACUGCCGGCGAGGCACUCAAAUCCAGCCCAUCGCUUAUCGAUCAGAGCUCCGCUUUCGGAACCGUUGCGGUGCAGUGCUAUCAGAACUUCAAGUGCGUGCUUAAAUCAAUUAUCAGCAGCGAUACGUCCCGAUUCGACCAGGCCGGCGGUGGUGGUGCAGCAACCGGUGAAGUGAAGAUCCCAUGGACCGACGCCCUGUACGAAUGCAGCCCGCUGAAAGUGAUGGACGGCGCUGACAGCCUGCUGAAGGAUUGCAUCGCCAAGUACAAUACCACGGUGCUGGCGCGAAACAUUGCCAAACCGGUGUCGGAGCUGCUGCUAAAGCUGCCGCAACUGUCGCUGGAGAUGCUGGCAGUGAAUGGCAGCACGAAUCCCUGCAUUUCACCGACCGUCGAUGGCGAUGGGGAUGGUGUUAAUGCAUCCGGCCGAAUUGGUUACUACCGGCAUCAGCUGGUCUGCAACAACAGUGCUGGGCAGUUCACCUUUUACGAGAAUGAUUCGUUUGAUCUCCAAAAUUCGUCCGCCAGCAGCGUGCUGGAGCCGAUCCAGUGCUUGCUGAAUGUAGAUUACAGUGAAUUUAUGCGACAGUUGGCAGGCAUGAUUUUGGUCACCAACGGUUCGGUCAACGGCGGUGCCAGCACCAAAAUGGCACUGGAAACUGACAACCCCGUACGGUACGAAUGGAGUUUCCUGUUCGUAAUGUUGUUUAUAUUUGCCGGUGGACUCGGCAAUAUUCUGGUUUGCCUGGCGGUGGCACUUGACCGAAAACUACAAAACGUUACCAAUUACUUUCUGCUGUCGUUGGCCAUUGCGGAUCUGCUCGUCAGCCUGUUUGUAAUGCCACUCGGUGCCAUCCCUGGAUUUCUCGGGUACUGGCCGUUCGGUGUAACGUGGUGCAACAUCUACGUGACCUGCGACGUGUUGGCCUGUUCGGCAAGCAUUCUACACAUGUGCUUCAUCAGUCUUGGCCGCUAUCUGGGCAUCCGGAACCCCCUCGGGAGUCGCCAUCAUUCGACCAAGCGGCUGACCGGGAUCAAAAUUGCGCUGGUAUGGCUGCUGGCGAUGCUAGUUUCCAGUUCUAUUACCGUUUUAGGUAUGAUUAAUAAGAACAACAUAAUGCCCGGCCCACGAGAGUGUGUUAUUAACAACCGGGCGUUCUUCGUGUUCGGCUCUCUGGUAGCCUUCUAUAUCCCUAUGGUGAUGAUGGUUAUUACUUAUGCUCUCACGGUGCAGCUUCUGCGGAAGAAAGCCCGAUUUUUAGCACAGCAUCCGGAAGGGGAAUUGUUUCGACGGCUCGGUGGCCGAAUGGUCGCUUCCAAGCAAUCGUCGAUGAUGGAUGGCGGUGGAGUUGGCUUGGCAGGCCAAGCUGACACAUCAUGUACGAGCAGUUCGCAGGACGCACUGGAACAGCUACGAAGCAAUAGUUUAGACAAUAACAACUGCAAGCAAUCGCUCCAAAGUGGGACAGGCCCUUGGCGGCUUCACGGCUCCAACCUGGACAGAAUCGGUAUCAUCUCGUCAUCACAUGCUGGCGCUGUCUAUAGUAAUGGCGAUCCCUCCGCUCCGAACGGUGGCUCGUCGGGCCGGAAGGUGCUGAAACGGAACCAGAAAAUGUUACACCAGUAUCAUCCACAGCACCAGCAGCGGCCGCAGCACACUAACCACCGCCAACAUCGCCGUCAUCAGCACCCACUGCAGCUGGGCGGCACCUGCGAUCAGAGCACUCAGACGCCCGAAAGCAUCGAGCGAGAAACACGACGGCAGCGGUUCUGCUCCUUCAGGCUCAACUUCAACAGCGUGCCGACGCCCAAUAUCAAUUUCAAUUUGAAGUUUCUGGCCAACAAAAAACGAAACAGCCUAUCAGCGAAUGCCGUUGCAAACGAGCAGAAAGCAACCAAGGUUCUUGGUUUGGUGUUCUUCACGUUCGUUUUCUGCUGGGCGCCGUUUUUCAUUCUAAACAUUAUUUUUGCGGCGUGUCCUGAAAUAAAAGUUCCCGAACGAGUGGUCAAUAUCUGUCUCUGGCUGGGUUAUGUUUCAUCAACGAUUAAUCCGAUCAUUUAUACGAUCUUCAACAAAACGUUCAGAGCUGCUUUUAUACGUUUGCUGCGGUGUAGCUGUGAAAGAUCCGGUCGUCCCUCACGAUACCGCUCAGUGACGGACAGCCGAGGAACGGUCAGCCUCUGCACGCCGUCUGCCCUUCCGUUGGCCAUCUCGAUGCAGGGAGCUCCCCUGCUGACGCCAUCCAGCACUCAAGUGACCCCGCUCGGAGACUUUCGUGGAAGCUACGAAAUAACCGACGACGAUUGCUAGAGUCCCUCACCUUAGUACCUGUUCGAAAACUAAUUUAGCAUUGGAGGAAUCAUUCUCAAUAAAAUGGGCCAGAGGCCACUGGUAUUGAUAGGUUUUAGUUUCUUUUUUUCUGUGGAAAUUACGGCAUAAUGUAGCUAGCCUUUAAGUGUAUCGUACUCGCACAAAUAUCUAUGUACAAGCGUAAAGCCCAUUCAACUAGUCAGAUGUGUGGAGGAAAGCGCAAAUUUGAGCAAUAGAAAACGAAACUUGUCACAAUUAACGAACUGUACUCAACAAUCUUAUUGUAAAGUCGAUGUUAGAUUGAUAGGAUGGUAAUAAAAUA